ACAAUCAUAUUCCAAAAAGAAGAAAUAGACGCAAAAAUGAAAAUAAACAUUAUUUUAACCAUAAUAAUUGGAGCUCUGACUCAAAUUGGAAGCCUAUCACCGACAUUCGAUGAUUCAAGAUGUACUUAUACAGGAGCAGAUUGUCCCAGCAUGCCUUGUUGCAACUCCAAGUUUGAAUGCAAGUUAACAACACUCAGUUUGUUUAGUUUACCACCUGAGCUAUAUGAACUAGCUGCAAAAAAUAAGACUUACAGGUGCUUGGAAAAAAUACCGCUGGGAAGAUCAUGUUUAUUUCAUGAAGAAUGUUCCCAUAUACAAUAUGCUCGAUGCAUUAACUCAUCGUGUCAAUGUCCGUCUAUUUACUUCGAGUUUCAAGGUCAAUGUUUCACGUGGCAUGGUUACGAUGGAAGCAAAGUCGUCAUAUCCAGAAACUGA